CCCAUUCCCCCUGCCCUCGCUCGUUCGCCGCCAUCCUUUCUAGUCCCUAAUAUGUUUUCAAGGCGACUAGUUCACCUUGCGCGCGGGCGUGCUCUUCACGCCGAUGCUGCACUACUCUCACGCGGAUGGAAGGUCGCCGGUGCAUAUGCGCAGCGUGCAAGCUUCCACUCGACGAACCUCCUCCAAGCUGAGACCGUUAAGGUCCCCCAGAUGGCCGAGUCCAUCUCAGAGGGCACCCUUAAAUCAUGGCUGAAGCAAGUUGGAGACACCGUGCAGGCUGACGAGGAGGUCGCGACCAUCGAGACGGAUAAGAUUGACGUCUCCGUCAACGCGCCUGCAGCCGGCAAGAUCACCGAGCUCCUCGCCAACGAGGAGGACACUGUCUCCGUCGGCCAGGACCUCUUCCGCUUCGAGCCCGGCGCAGCCGACGAGGUCGCGCCCAAGGAGCAGAAGUCGUCUGAGGAAGGCAAGGACCUCAAGGAAACCAAGGACAAGUCCGAGCCCGCCGACCAGCAGGUCGAGAAGGGCACCCCACCUCCACCCUCGCCGUCCCCCGAGCAGGUCCGGAAACCCGAUCCGGCGGGCGUCCAGGAGGGCACCGCAAAGAAGGAGCUGAAGGACACGACGAAACCUGCCCCCGCCCCCGCCCCCGCACCUAAGGAGAAGGGCGAGAAGAAGGACGCGCCCGCCCCUGCGCCGCGCGUGCCGGGCUCGCGCAACGAGACGCGGGUGAAGAUGAGCCGGAUGCGUCUGCGCAUUGCGGAGCGGUUGAAGGAGUCGCAGAACGCCGCGGCGUCGCUGACGACGUUCAACGAGAUCGACAUGUCGAAUGUGAUGGAGAUGCGCAAGAAGUACAAGGACGAGGUCCUGAAGGAGCACGGGGUCAAGCUCGGGUUCAUGAGCGCGUUCGCGAAGGCGUCCACCCUUGCGCUGAAGGAGAUCCCUGCGGCGAACGCGUCGAUCGAGGGCGACGAGAUCGUGUACCGCGACUACGUGGAUUUGAGCGUCGCGGUGGCGACGCCGAAGGGUCUCGUCACACCCGUCGUGAGGAACGCGGAGGGCCUGAACUUUGUCGAGAUCGAGCAGGAGAUCGCGAACCUCGGGAAGAAGGCGCGCGAUGGGAAGCUCACGCUGGAAGAUAUGGCUGGUGGUACCUUCACCAUCUCCAACGGCGGUGUCUUCGGUUCGCUGUACGGCACGCCGAUCAUUAACCUCCCUCAGGCUGCUGUCCUUGGCAUGCACGCCAUCAAGGACCGCCCGGUAGUCGUCGACGGCCAGAUCGUCAUCCGCCCGAUCAUGGUUGUUGCCCUCACCUACGACCACCGUCUGCUCGACGGUCGCGAAGCCGUCACCUUCCUCGUCAAGGUCAAGGAGUACAUCGAAGACCCGAGGAAAAUGCUUCUGGCGGCAUGAACUCGCUCCGGGCUGACGGGUGCGGCUGACGGGCAAUCGGUGGAUGUCGGAGAGGUUGGGCGGUAGCACAGAAGCCGUACGCGGACUUGAUCGUGACGCUGCUGUCGUGUAUACUGUACAAGCGAACGGUGUCCUCCGACGUGUGCGGGACCGCGCGCCUUCCCGUGCUACAGAAACUCGCGGGUCGCGCGACGUCUCCGUCUGCACUCGUCGGUCCCCGAAACUCAUCGUUCCUUUUCCUGCAUCCUGGAUCCGGGCUCCCCUUGGCUUUAAUCACAUACACACGCAUAUAUACAUACAGUAGGUACAUACUCUCCUCGCGAAUUUUGUUGCUAGAUAGUAGUUGUGUUGCAUACAUAGUGCAUAUGAAUAUUUAAUGUCUAA